CCCGCCGGCAAUCCCUCAGCGGCGUGGGGCAGUCGUCUCUGUCCACGCGGAGUCCGGCGAAAACUCCGCUGCUCUUUUCUGAUGGUCAGUCGGCCCGCUGUCGCCCACCGGGAAGGAGACUGAUAUUUCUGGCACUGCCAAGUCGCUUGUACGGAUGGCCAAGUGGACCGAGAAGUGGCUUAUGGUCGGCAGAUGUAGGAUGCAGAAGUGUGAUGGCUGUGGGAGUACCCACGUUGGCGCUAAUUGAGUCCGUAGGCCAAUCCACUUGUACUUUUCACCACAGCAAACCGAUGAUGGGAUAAUCCACAAGGCGGAGGGCAAUCCAUGCUUGUCCCUAUACACUUUAACUGCUGACAUUUGUGUCUUUUGUGUUGAGGAAAUCAAAUCGUGGCAGACAACACGACCCAGACCCUAAGCCAUGAGCAGCGUCUUUCAAUUACGCGACGUCGACAAUCGAGUCGCUGGGCGGCUCGCCCUCGUCACUGGCGCGAGUGGCGGCAUCGGCUCGCACACAGCGAGAGUUCUUGCCGCCGAGGGCUGUGAUGUGCUUCUACACUACUCGGGCAACAAGGCUUCAGCGGAUGCGCUCGCCCAGGAACUGAGCGCCAAAUAUCCGACGCAGCUCUUCGCCGCAUGCCAGGCGGAUCUAUCGAAUCGCGAGUCAACAAGAACUUUCGUUGCCCGAGCCCUGUCAUCGUCCACCUCUACCGAGAUCUCUGCCAAACAUAAUGCCGUGUCGAUCCUGGUCGCCAAUGCCGGUCUAGGCCGGCGCAUCCGUGAUGUGGCAGACAUCGAGGAAGAAGACUGGGACGAGAUGUUCGAGGUCAACGCGCGGAGUCAGUUCGUCGUCGUCAAGGCUUGUCUGCAGGGGAUGAGAGCGCAGGGAUGGGGCCGGGUGGUGCUCGUAGGAAGUAUCGCGAGUAAAGGCGGUGGCCUGAAUGGGUGUCACUAUGCUGCGACCAAAGGGGCUUUGAGUUCCAUGGGGCUCAACCUGGCAACCCUGCUUGCAGCCGAGGGCGUUACCGUCAAUAUCGUGUCCCCAGCUAUGAUUGGCUACACAGGAAUGAUUCCAACUCCCAAGUCCAAAUCUUGGUCUCCUGAACAAUGUGACAUUGAGACUUUGAGAAAGGAAGACCCUGGGUUGGCUAUUGCUUCAUCGAUACCAGUCGCCAGGCUCGGCACGCCAGAUGAGGUAGCUAACGUUGUGCUGCUUUUCGUAAAGUCUGGCUACAUGACGGGCCAAGAUGUUCAAGUCGUGGGCGGAUUAAGAUGAGAGAAUAGCUAGCUUUAAUGACCAGGAAUACCCUUAGCUAGCUCUACAUAACACGUGGAGCUCUAAUAAAUCGCCCCAGCACUAAGACUAGAAAUCAAGGGCCUGCCAUGAAGAGUCCUUAUAUACAUACCAGAUGACAU